AUGUCUAUAGCUAAGAAAAGAUUAGCUCAAGAAAGAGCAGAAUGGAGAAAAGAUCAUCCUGCUGGUUUUUCAGCUAAAUAUAGUCCUAUGAGUGAUGGUAAGGGUUUAGAUAUAAUGAAAUGGAUAUGUAAAAUACCAGGAAAAAAGGGAGGUUUAUGGGAAGGAGGAGAAUAUCCUUUAACCAUGGAAUUUACAGAAGAUUAUCCAAGUAAACCACCUAAAUGUAAAUUUACUACUGUUCUUUUUCAUCCUAAUAUAUAUCCAUCUGGCACAGUAUGCUUAUCUAUAUUAAAUGAAGAUGAAGACUGGAAACCAUCAAUAACAAUUAAACAAAUUCUUUUAGGAAUUCAAGAUUUAUUAGAUAACCCUAAUCCCAAUUCACCUGCACAAGCAGAACCUUUUCUUUUAUAUCAACAAGAUAGAGAAUCUUAUGAAAAAAAAGUAAAAAAGCAAGCAUUAGAAUUUAGACCAAAAGACUAA